CCAAAACUCUAUUCAAAGUUUUGUGCUAUCUCUCCAAAGUUUUCAUUCACAUUCUUCAUAUGAGAGCAAAGCGAUCAAUGGCUGCUAUCACCUUAGAUCCAAGUUUCAACCCAAAAACCAACCCUCAUGGGCAUGACCAACAACAUGGGAAUGUGAUUGAGGAAAUUGAAGGGCUUAUUAAAGUGUACAAAGAUGGACAUGUGGAGAGACUCCAUAUUGUUCCAUGUGUCGCAACCGCAGUGGCUCCCGAGCUAGGCGUGACAUCCAGGGACGUGGUCAUUGACAAGUUCACAAACAUUUGGUCACGUUUCUAUGUUCCCAAAUGCCAUGGAAAUGACAACAAGCUCCCUUUGCUAGUCUAUUUCCAUGGAGGUGGGUUUUGUGUUGGCUCAGCCGCUUGGAGUUGUUACCAUGAAUUCUUAGCAAAGCUAGCAGCCAAAGCCGGUUGCUUAAUCAUGUCUGUGAAUUAUCGACUGGUCCCUGAGCACCCACUCCCAGCAGCAUAUGAAGAUGGGUUGAAGGCCCUUUUGUGGCUAAAGCAACAAGCUCUAAGUCAACGUGGAGCUAAUAAUAAAUGGUGGUCAAGGCAGUGUGACUUUACUAGAAUUUUCCUAGUGGGGGACAGUGCGGGUGCCAAUAUAGCCCAUAAUGUGGCCACAAGACUUUGCAAUAUUAUUUCUGACGGUCCAUGUGAUGAACAAAUUAUUAUUUCAAGCUUAAUUAAGCCUUUAACUAUUAAGGGUACAAUUUUGCUGCAACCAUUUUUCGGGGGAGAGGAAAGAACAAGUUCCGAGAAGUACUAUAUGGAGAAGCAACCUAGGUCUGCGUUGAGCUUGGCAGCCUCUGAUACUUACUGGCGAUUGGCACUGCCAUGUGGCGCUAAUCGCGACCAUCCAUGGUGCAACCCUUUGAAGAGUGCUAGCUCUCUAAGGGCUGUUUGGGCUACCAUGGUUUGCAUUUCAGAGAUGGAUAUAUUGAAAGAUAGAAACAUAGAGUUUUGUUGUGCAUUGGAUCAUAACAGCAACAGAGCUGGUAAGAUGAAGGUGGAGUGUGUGGUGUACAAAGGUGUUGGGCAUGCAUUUCAGGUUCUAGAUAAGUCUCAGCUCUCGAAAACUCGAUCCCAUGAAAUGAUAACUCAUAUUAAGGCCUUUGUUAAUUAUAAUUAGUAGAUAUAUAUACAUAUAUGUAUAUAACUCUCUCUCUCCUAUCUCUCUCCUAUUUGUGUAAAAGCUUUUUACUUUUUUUCUUCUUCUUAUCAGAAUGAAUUGUGUAAAACGUUGGGAAAAGACGAAGAAACCAGGUCAUUACUAGCUGGCUGUCAUCUAAAUCAGUCCGUACUAGGAGGGCUUCUUAUCGUCUCUAUCAUCAUAUACGUUCUUGUUCUUAUGGUGGGGACUUGUCUUGUCCUUUUCAUAAUGUUAAUGCUCAUACAUGGAGUACUGAAAAAUUAAUUCAUGAUGAUUCUCAAAUGGUAAUGGUAAUGCGUAAAUUAGGAAAAUAUCGAUCCCUUGUAAUGUUUUGGUUACAACCAGAAAAGAAAAGGAAAUACUUCUCAUACAAUCUGAAAUGUGCAUAAGUAAAAUGACCUAUUUUAAUUGAAGUAUCAAUUGGUAUGCGCUCAUGCCUAUAGCUAGCUGGGGAUCAUACAUACAUUAUACAUACUUCGUCGCCAAAACCUGUACAUUCUGAUGAAAACAAAUUAUAUAAUGAUGUCCUCUUAAGCAUGAAAGUGUAAGUGAUUGACGAAGGCCAUACAUGCCCUCUCCCACAAUGGCCCCUCGUGAAGGUUCGUGGUUGAGGUUUCUUCAUGGGGCUGCAGAUGGUGCCCUCCGUCCAUUAAAAGUAGUGAUACAUUCUUGCUCAAAUGAGUGUUCCACAUGAAAUUACUGCCCAAUCCUU